CAGUCAUCAUGAAGUUCCUCUCCACUCUCGUUGUCGCCAUGGCCAGCGUGGCUAUUGCCCAGGACAACAACAAGGGCGACGGCACCUCCACCAAGUCCCAGUGCAAGCAGGUAGCCAAGAUCACCAAGCUCAUGGAUCUCGCCAGCAACACGACCAAGCUCGACAAGGUCACCGAAGGCAACGCGACCAAGGCCUCGGAGAUCCAGGCCAAGGCAUCCCAGGCGGCAACCAAGUUGACCGAGCUCCAGAGCAACACGACCCUCAUGGCCGCCUGUGACCAGAUCUUCGCCGUCCAGGACACAGAGAACGCCUGUGAGAAGAUGCAAGGCCUCGAGAAGCUGCAAGCCCUCGUUGCGAACCAGACUGCGCUUGACGAGAAGACCAAGGGCAACACCACCAAGGCCGACGCGAUCAAGGCCAAGGCCCAGGAGAAGGCCGCAGACCUGACCGCCAUGCAAGGCAACGCCACCCUCACGGGCUUCUGCGCUGGCUUCCAGGACAAGCAGUCCUGCAAGGCCAUGGCCAAGCUCGCCAAGAUGCAGGAGUUUGCUCAAAACACCACCGCUCUGAAUGAGAAGUUCAACGGUGAUGCAGACAAGAUCGCCAAGUUCCAGGCCAAGCUCAGCAGCAAGGCGGAGAAGAUCAAUGCCAUGAUGAGCAACCAGACCCUGAUGGAUGCCUGCAACAGCCUCGGCAUCACAACCGCGUCCACCACCACCGGCGCGUCUAAUUCAAACUCAUCCGACAAGAAGAGCGCGGCUAUCAGCAUCAACGCCAUGGGAGCCGGCCACGUCUUGGCUCUCGUGUCUGUCCUUGCCUACGCCGUCGCUAUGCUCUAAGCGUCAGAUGCAUGAUGACAUUUGAGAGUGGCAUGAGUGCUUCGUCGCCCUAAUUGGGCAGACUCAUGUGG